GGCCGGCAGGAGCAGAAGGAGACGGGGAGGAGAGAGGAUUGCUGCCUGCCUCCCAGUGCCCUGCAUGGACCGCGAAAGAGACGCGCUGAGUUGACCCUGCCCGAGCUGUUUCUGCUCCUACAUGUGAGAUCCGGUUGGUUUUUUCUUUCCACCUCUUUCUCUCCAGCCUCCUUCUUGUAUUCUCCACUUACUCCCGUAUGCAAAAUGGUGGACCCUGUGGGGUUUGUAGAGGCUUGGAAAGCACAAUUUGCAGACUCUGAGCCUCCUAAAAUGGAGCUGAAAUCUGUGGGAGACAUUGAACAGGAACUGGAGAUGUGCAAAGCGUCUAUCCGGAGACUGGAGAUGGAGGUUAACAAGGAAAGGUUCCGCAUGAUUUACCUGCAGACUCUUCUGGCAAAGGAGAAAAAAAGCUACGAUAGACAGAGAUGGGGUUUUAAACGUGUUUCUCAGUUGCCUGAAGGGGGUGCAGAGCAGCAGAUCCAGGACCUACAUCAUCACCAGUCUGCUGACCAAGACGAAUAUGAAAAAAGCAAGUCACAUCAUGGGGAGGAAAAGUUCAAACCCAGGAUCCCCUCUAUGCGCAAGCUGUCUACCCAGAGCGAUGGGUCCGACCUGUCACCUUUGGACAGCCCCCACCAUGGAGAAGGAGAGCAGGACAGGUGUAAGUACUAUGGUGAAGAGAAACUGAAGAGAGUUGUAGAAGACAUGGAGAAUCGCUGUGAUACAGAUGGCUCUCCUUCAAAACACAGAUCGGCUUCCACUCGCAGGCUGGUGGGAUCUGCUGAGAAGGAGGGAUCAUUUGAACCUAAGGAGAGAGGGAACAGCACCAGUGUGGCAGCCCUAAGGUCCAAUUUUGAGAGAAUGAAAAAAGUUAAUUCGCAUUCUUCUGGAGAUAAUAAGGAUGUUGUUGAAAAGCCCUUUUACGUGAACAUGGAGUAUCAUCAUGAGAAGGGUCUAGUAAAGGUCAACGAUAAAGAUGUUUCUGAUAAAAUAAGCUCCCUUGGUAGCCAAGCCAUGCAAAUGGAACGCAAAAAGUCUUUGCACUCACUCCCUUCUAACAUGGUACCCAGCUUCAGCGAGUUCCAGAGGCCUGCAUACAGGGGGAGGUCCUCAGAGAGCAGCUUUGGCUAUGAUGGGGAAUAUGAGGAUGCUGAACUGAACCCCAAGUUUCUUAAAGAUAACCUGAUUAAUGCCAAUGGCAGCAACCGCUCACCUUGGCAGCCCAUGGACUUUCAGCCGUAUCAGAGUAUCUACGUCGGUGGGAUGAUGGGGGAAGAAGGAAAAGGAUCCAUUCUGCGAAAUCAGGGUCCACCUGACCAGGAAAAACAUCUCACGUGGCCCAGGAGAUCUUAUUCCCCCAGGAGUUUUGAAGAUAUCGGAGGAGGAUAUACUCCCGAUUGUAGCUCUAAUGAGAACCUCACCUCCAGCGAGGAAGACUUCUCCUCAGGCCAGUCCAGCCAUGUCUCCCCCAGCCCCACCACUUACCGCAUGUAUCGGGAUAAGAGCCGUUCCCCCUCCCAGAACUCUCAGCAGUCCUUUGACAGCAGCAGCCCGCCAACCCCCCAGUCCCAAAAACGGCACCGGCAGCAGCAGGUCAUUGUGUCUGAGGCCACUAUUGUGGGUGUACGAAAAACAGGACAGAUCUGGCCAAGUGAUGGAGAUUUGCCCUCUGGGAGGUGUCACCAGGACAGCUGUUUCCACGGGGAUACAGAUGCCCCGUUCGGGGGGACCCCGCCCGGUUACGCGUUCGAUGCUGACCGCGCCGAGGAGCAGAGGCGGCACCAUGACAUGAUGCCCUACAUCGAUGACUCGCCGUCCUCCUCGCCACACCUCAGCUCCAAGAGCCGCGGCAGCCGCGACACGCUGUCCUCGGGCUCUCUGGAAUCAACCAAAUCCAGUGAGCCAGACCUGGAGAAGGGCCUGGAGAUGAGAAAAUGGGUCCUGUCAGGAAUCCUAGCCAGUGAGGAAACCUACCUGAGCCACCUGGAGGCCCUGCUGCUGCCUAUGAAGCCUUUGAAAGCUGCUGCCACCACCUCCCAGCCCGUGCUGACCAGUCAGCAGAUUGAGACAAUAUUCUUCAAAGUGCCUGAGCUCUAUGAGAUCCACAAAGAAUUCUAUGAUGGGCUCUUUCCCCGAGUGCAGCAGUGGAGUCACCAGCAACGUGUUGGGGACCUCUUCCAGAAGCUGGCCAGCCAGCUGGGAGUGUACCGGGCCUUUGUGGAUAACUAUGAAGUUGCUAUGGAGACAGCAGAGAAAUGCUGCCAAGCCAAUGCUCAGUUUGCUGAAAUCUCUGAGAAUCUAAAGGCCAGAAGCACAAAGGAAUCUAAAGAUCAGACGAUGAAAAAUUCCUUGGAAACUCUGUUGUACAAGCCAGUGGAUCGAGUGACCCGCAGCACUCUCGUCUUGCAUGAUCUGCUCAAGCACACUCCUGUGAGCCACCCUGACCAUCCCCUGCUGCAGGAUGCUCUGCGCAUCUCCCAGAACUUCCUGUCCAGCAUCAACGAGGAGAUCACUCCUCGCCGCCAAUCCAUGACUGUAAAGAAGGGGGAGCACCGGCAGCUGCUGAAGGACAGUUUCAUGGUGGAGCUGGUGGAAGGGGCUCGCAAACUACGUCACGUCUUUCUUUUUACUGACCUCUUCCUGUGUGCCAAGCUCAAGAAGCAGAUUGGAGGAAAAAGCCAACAAUAUGACUGCAAGUGGUACAUCCCACUCACUGACCUCAGUUUCCAAAUGGUGGAUGAGUGUGAGGCAGUGCCCAACAUCCCACUGGUACCUGAUGAGGAACUGGAUGCCAUGAAGAUCAAGAUAUCCCAGAUCAAGAACGACAUCCAGCGGGAAAAGAGGGCCAAUAAGGGCAGCAAGGUCAUUGAGAGGUUGAAAAAGAAGCUCUCAGAACAGGAAUCCCUCCUCCUGCUGAUGUCUCCCAACAUGGCCUUCCGGGUGCACAAUCGAAAUGGCAAGAGUUACACAUUCCUCAUUUCAUCGGACUAUGAAAGGGCAGAGUGGAGGGAGAAUAUCCGGGAGCAGCAGAAGAAAUGCUUUAAAAGCUUCUCACUGACAUCAGUGGAGCUCCAGAUGCUGACAAACUCCUGUGUGAAGCUUCAGACAGUCCACAACAUUCCCCUCACUAUCAAUAAGGAAGAUGAUGAAUCUCCAGGUCUCUACGGAUUCCUGAACGUCAUUGUCCACUCUGCCACGGGAUUCAAGCAAAGCUCAAAUUUGUACUGCACGUUAGAGGUGGACUCUUUUGGGUAUUUUGUGAACAAGGCCAAAACUAGAGUUUACAGAGACACCACAGAGCCCAACUGGAACGAGGAGUUUGAGAUCGAGCUGGAGGGCUCCCAGACACUGAGGAUUCUGUGCUAUGAAAAGUGCUACAACAAAACCAAGCUCACCAAAGAGGAUGGAGAGAGCACAGAUCGCAUAAUGGGGAAAGGACAGAUCCAGCUGGACCCGCAGGCACUGCAGGACAAAGAUUGGCAGCGCACAGUGAUCUCAAUGAACGGGGUGGAAGUGAAGCUGUCAGUGAAGUUCACCAGUCGGGAGUUCAGCCUCAAAAGGAUGCCGUCCCGCAAGCAGACGGGCGUGUUUGGGGUCAAGAUCGCGAUUGUCACCAAGAGGGAGAGGUCCAAGGUGCCGUACAUCGUGCGGCAGUGCGUGGAGGAGAUCGAGCGGCGCGGGAUGGAGGAGGUGGGGAUCUACCGCGUCUCCGGGGUUGCAACCGACAUCCAGGCUUUGAAAGCUGCCUUUGAUGUCAAUAACAAGGAUGUGUCAGUGAUGAUGAGUGAGAUGGACGUUAAUGCCAUUGCAGGCACCCUCAAGCUGUAUUUCCGGGAGCUGCCAGAACCCCUCUUCACAGAUGAGCUGUACCCCAACUUUGCUGAGGGCAUCGCACUUUCAGAUCCUGUUGCAAAGGAGAGCUGUAUGUUGAAUCUGUUGCUAUCGCUUCCAGAACCCAACCUUGUGACAUUCCUUUUCCUUCUGGACCAUUUAAAAAGGGUUGCUGAGAGGGAAAGCGUGAACAAGAUGUCCCUGCAUAAUCUUGCCACUGUCUUUGGACCAACACUGCUCAGACCUUCAGAGAAGGACAGUAAAAUCCCUGCUAACCCAACACAGCCCAUCACCAUGACUGACAGCUGGUCACUAGAAGUCAUGUCCCAGGUUCAAGUUCUUCUGUACUUCCUGCAGCUAGAGACUAUCCCUACUCCGGACAGCAAAAGGCAAAGCAUUCUCUUUUCCACAGAGGUGUAGGUGCCUGCGGUACCAACAGGACACAAACUGCUUUUGGCAUAACUUGUCACCCUGGGUAAAAGAUGACUGGUGUUUCCUUGGACUGGCCUGUUCCUGUGCUGGGGAAUUCCAGCCCUCAAUGCUUCUGCUGUUUAUUAACCAGACAUAAGCUGGAGAGAAUGGAGAAAAACCUUGUGCUGGUAGAACCAGAACUAAGCAGAGCUGGAGCUGUGUGGGAUCUCCACUAGAAGGAGCAAUAGACACUUGGACUAAAGCACCACUGAGUGUGGCGAUUAUUCUUGUUGGGAAUGUGACAGAAGGUAUUCCUCAUUUUAUGGAUUUAAUUUAUCAUAAAGAAACUUCAAGAUUUCUACUGGACCACUUGAUAGGACACCCCUUUUUGGGAGAGGGGGCGUUAAAGGAUAUCUCACAACUGUGUCUUUAAUAACUGCUGUUUUUCAAGUACUGUUCGAGGCCACAAAAAAUAGCAUUGCUUUGCAAGAGGAAGGAGAAGAGAAGGGUCUGGGAUCUAAAAUUCUCUCCACAGAAAUUCAAGUCUUGAUUUGAAUAUGGUUCUUAAGAAAUCAAAGAGUUUUAUGUACAGCUAGAACUGUUAUCUGGUUGGGGGCUGGGGUUUUUUUGUUGUUGUUGUUUGUAUGGUUUUUCGGCUCACCCAGCCCUUCCCAUAGAAAUGUUUGUACACCCCAGGGAAGGAGAUGCCCUGCUCUUGCCUAUGUUGCACUUCUGAUGGGUUUUGUUGGGUUGAGACAGACUCAACAAAAUAAAAUAAAUAAAUACAGCAAAUUAAAGAGAGGCAGGGAGGAUAACAGUCAGUGAUUCUGUUGUUUGUUUGCUAGAAAAGCAGGGGCAAUAUUAUCCAGGAGGGAUUGCUACAUUCCUUAGACCACCAAACUUAAUGAAAAUUAAUUGGAAAGACU